AUGCCUUCCUCCCAGCCCACCGCAGGUGACUUGGCCGUGAAGCCAGAGUACCUCUCCUCUCAGCCGUCGCCCAUGGCCAAAACCACGGAGCCCAACCGAAACACCAAAUACGAUCCCAAGAAAGUCCACAUCACCGAGACUCCCAUAACCACUUCCAACUGGUACAAGCACGUUAACUGGUUGAAUGUUACGUUGAUCGUCCUUGUCCCUCUCAUGGGGUGCAUUCAGGCCUACUGGGUUCCUCUACGGUGGAAGACCGCCGUCUGGGCCAUUGCCUACUACUUCGCCACUGGACUGGGCAUCACCGCUGGGUAUCACAGACUUUGGGCACACACCUCGUACUCAGCAACACUCCCUCUACGAAUCUUCCUGGCCGCUGUUGGCGGUGGUGCUGUCGAAGGUUCGAUCAGAUGGUGGGCUCGUGAUCACCGUGCCCAUCACCGAUACACCGAUACCGACAAAGACCCAUACUCCGUCCGCAAAGGUCUGCUCUACUCUCACAUCGGCUGGAUGGUCAUGAAGCAAAACCCGAAGAGAAUUGGCCGCACCGACAUCUCCGAUCUGAACGAAGACCCGGUUGUUGUCUGGCAACACAAGAACUACUUGAAGGUGGUCAUCACAAUGGGCCUCAUUGUUCCCACAAUCGUCGCCGGUUUGGGCUGGGGCGAUUGGUGGGGUGGAUUCGUCUAUGCUGGAAUCCUCCGCAUCUUCUUCGUCCAACAGGCCACCUUCUGCGUCAACUCCCUGGCUCACUGGCUCGGAGAUCAGCCAUUCGAUGACCGCAAUUCUCCCCGUGACCAUGUCAUCACCGCUCUGGUCACUCUUGGCGAGGGCUACCACAACUUCCACCACGAAUUCCCUUCGGAUUACCGCAACGCCAUCGAGUGGCAUCAGUAUGAUCCCACCAAAUGGUCGAUCUGGAUCUGGAAACAACUCGGUCUCGCCUACGAUCUCAAGCAGUUCCGUGCCAAUGAAAUCGAGAAGGGUCGUCUGCAACAGCUCCAGAAGAAGAUUGAUCAGAAGCGUGCCAAGCUUGAUUGGGGUGUGCCUCUGGAUCAGCUACCCGUCAUGGAGUGGGACGACUAUGUUGACCAGGCUAAGAAUGGUCGUGGUUUGAUUUCCAUUGCCGGCAUUGUUCACGAUGUCACCGACUUCAUCAAGGAUCACCCCGGUGGCAAGGCCAUGAUCCAAGCUGGCAUUGGCAAGGACGCUACUGCCAUGUUCAACGGAGGUGUUUACAUGCACAGCAACGCAGCCCACAACCUGCUCUCUACCAUGAGAGUUGGUGUCAUCCGUGGCGGUUGCGAAGUUGAGAUCUGGAAGCGUUCUCAAAUGGAGGCCAAGGGAGAGACUCGUGACAGCAAUGGCGAACGCGUGGUUCGAGCAGGCCUUCAGCCCACCAAGGUGCUUCAGAACACCCCAACCGCGGGUGCUGCUUGA